UUUCUUUUUUUCUUCUUUCUUUUGUCUUUGUUAGAAGCUGGCAUGUGUUGGGUGGUGGUGAAGGAGGAUGGUUGAGAGAGGUUUCUCGUGGCUGCUGGUCAGGCAGGAAGCUGUGAGGGUGGUUAGCUGAGCGGAACAACAGAGGGGGAAGCUGUUUGCCCUUUGUCGUACAGUAGCCUAUUUGUUCUGCGCACUUCUUUAGAAUGAACCAGAUCGGACAAGUAAAUGACAGAAACGAGCGUUAAGGAAGUCUGUCUUUUCUUAGGGGGAAAGCCAACCCGGUAGAAAAAGAAAAAAAAAGAAAACAUCCGCCAUUCCGGGAUCUGUCAAAGGAGAGGCGCCUCGGGGGUUCGGACGUUGGGACCGGUCAUGCUGUGAGCUCUGUCAGGGUUUGAUGUUCACCUGCCAUGGCAGCUGUGGCCGGUGUGGAGCCGGGGGCCGGUGAAAGAAGGCUGUCCUGGCCGGUUUUCCUGCUGACGCUGGCUGCUGUCACCUCCUCCUCCCUCUCGGCUUUGUCCCUGUACCAACUGGUGGCUCUGAGAGCCGAGGUGCAGGGGCUCAAGUCGGACGUGAGCCGCCGGAGAGAAGAGGGCCAAGAGGUCACGCGCGGCGGUCAGACCGGAGCUGACGGCGGCAGGAGGAGCAGCCCGGAGCCUCUGCACCAAGCCGGCUCUCAGCACGCCUUCAGCCUAAUGAGGAGGAAGAGAAUGGUGCCUGGGACAGAGACGUUGGUUUCUCAGUCCUGCCUGCAGCUGUUGGCCAACAACAGCAGAAAAACCUUCAAGAAAGAGCUUCCCUCAGGCUCGUACACAGGCAUCCCUUGGCUGGCCGGGCUGAGGAGAGGCUCUGCCCUCAACGCCGUCAGUGACCGCAUUGAGGUCAGAGAGGAAGGCUUCUACUUUGUGUACAGUCAGGUCUUCUACAUGGACAGAACCUUCACGAUGGGCCAUGUGGUGAUCCGAUGGAAGAGGUACGUCGUGGGAAACGAGGAUCCGGAUGUUCAUCUGUUCCGAUGCAUCCAAAGCAUGGACCCUGUCUACUCCUACAACACCUGCUACACAGGAGGAAUUGUGAAGCUGGAGGUGGGAGACUACUUGGAGCUUCUGAUCCCGCGGUCGGUGGCCAACGUGUCUCUGGAAGGAGAUUCUACCUUUCUGGGUGCUUUGAAACUGGCCUAAAGUCUGUCACGACGCUGAAGGAAAAGGGAUGCUGCAGUUAGAUGGAGGAGGAACAGCACCGCAGUUCUGUUGACCCCGCCUGACUUUUGCUUUUUCCUCUUUUUUCUUUGAAAAAUAAGCUACAGUUCCUCCACCGACUGAGUGACUCACUGUGUGUAGAGGAUCUUUAGCUUUAUUGUGUUCAUUUGUGCCAUUCAUCAAGACAGAGUAUUGCUAAAACUCUCAGAAUCGGUUCUGCUUUCUUUAUAUAUCUAUAACAACGCUGUGGUUCAGCCUAAAAGAGAUGUAUUACUUUAGCCAUAUCACCCUACUACUGCAUACAAAUACAGUUUUUAUUUUAUUGUCACAAUCUCACAUUCUGCACUAGUAAAAAAUGUUUUUCUCUUGCAUGCGAUUUCUUUUAAUAGUCGGAAUCUUAAUCACACAAUAUCAUCUUUUUAAACAAAGUUUGUAAUGUUAAACUGAUAUUCCAAUUUAGUUCCAAAUAAAGCAACACAUCCUCCAAAACAAACAGACACACAACAAAAGAAUUGAAUUACUCUGUGUGGCAGAACAAAAGAGAAACAUCAUUCCAAAGGUGAGAAUUGACAGUUGAAAUAAACCAGAAGAGCAUAUUUUUAGCUUCAGGCAGAACUGCUGGCCAAUUACAUAUGCACCUUCAAAGGAGCUGAGAGUCCGGGAGGAUACAGUUGAAUUUCUCCACUAGAUAAAGCUUCAGUUUCUAAUAAAUCCAGGGGCAGUGAGGGAGAGCUACAUCUGGGGAGGUGUGGGGUAUUAAUAGCAAGCAACAUAAUAAUCAACUAUUUUGCAUACAUUUUCCUGUCAGAUUCUGCUGUGGUGCUCAUGUUGCAAUGCACAAAAGUACAUGAAUCACUGAUAAUUCAAAGGGUUUACAUAGAUUUUCCAAAUUCAUCUCAUCAGCUUCUGGCCUGCUGUACAUCAAAAUCAGUUCAGAUAUCGUGCAUGUGACAGCUGAAAGAUUCUCUGGUUAUUGCUUGUGUGUUUUCUUUUUUUAUCAUUGGAAGAGGCUCUCCUGCGGAACAGUACAGAUCACAUCUACUUCAGGGCCGUGUGGAUAUAUCUGCAGGUACUAGUGAACAAUAAAAUAAGUUCCCACUAUUCAUUUUGCCAUGAAAUUCAUUCAUUUGUGUGCACUUAAUUUUGAUCAGUUAAAAACACUGA